AUGGCGGCCGACAGUGAGCCCGAGUCCGAGGUGUUUGAGCUCACGGACUUCACCACUGCCUCCGAGUGGGAAAGGUUUAUUUCCAGAGUUGAAGAAGUUUUGAAUGACUGGAAACUGAUUGGAAACUCUCUGGGAAAGCCACUUGAAAAGGGUAUAUUUACUUCUGGCACCUGGGAAGAGAAAUCAGAUGACAUUUUCUUUGCUGACUUCAAAUUCUCAGUCACUCAUCAUUAUCUUGUACAAGAAUCCAUUGAUAAAGAAGGAAAGGAUGAAGUACUAGAAGAUGUUCUUCCACAAUCUAUGCAAGAUUUGCUGUGUAUGAAUAAUGACUUUCCUCCAAGAGCACAUUGCCUGGUAAGAUGGUAUGGACUGCGAGAGUUCGUGGUGCUUGCCCCUGCAGCAAACAGCGAUGCUGUUCUCAGUGAAUCUAAGUGCAAUCUUCUUCUAAGUUCUGUGUCUAUUGCUUUGGGAAACACUGGCUGCCAGGUGCCACUCUUUGUGCAAAUUCAUCACAAAUGGCGAAGAAUGUAUGUGGGAGAAUGUCAGGGUCCUGGUGUCCGAACUGAUUUUGAAAUGGUUCAUCUUCGAAAAGUGCCAAAUCAGUACACUCACUUAUCGGGCCUGCUUGAUAUCUUCAAAUCAAAGAUUGGAUGUCCUUUAACACCAUUGCCUCCCGUUAGUAUUGCUAUCCGAUUGACCUAUGUACUUCAGGAUUGGCAGCAGUAUUUUUGGCCUCAGCAGCCUCCAGAUAUAGAUGCCCUUGUAGGAGGGGAAGUUGGAGGUUUGGAGUUUGGCAAGCUGCCAUUUGGUGCCUGUGAAGAUCCUAUAAGUGAACUCCACUUAGCAACUACAUGGCCUCACCUGACUGAAGGUAUCAUUGUGGAUAAUGAUGUUUAUUCUGAUUUGGAUCCUCUUCAGGCUCCCCAUUGGUCUGUUAGAGUUCGAAAAGCUGAUAAUCCUCAGUGUUUGCUAGGUGAUUUUGUUACUGAAUUUUUUAAAGUUUGCCGUCGGAAGGAAUCAACUGAUGAGAUUCUUGGACGAUCCACAUUUGAGGAAGAAGGGAGAGAAAUUGCUGAUAUAACUCACGCCUUGUCAAAGUUGACAGAGCCAGCACCGGUUCCAAUUCAUAAAUUAUCAGUUUCAAAUAUGGUACAUACCGCAAAGAAGAAAAUAAAAAAACACAGAGGGGUAGAAGAGUCACCACUGAAUAAUGAUGUCCUCAACACUAUUCUCUUGUUCUUAUUCCCUGAUGCUGCUUCUGAGAAGCCAUUAGAUGGAACUUCCUCAAUGGACAACAAUCCUUCAUCAGAAAGUGAAGAAUAUAAUCUCUACAAUCAGUUCAAAUCUGCACCAUCUGACAGUUUAACAUACAAAUUGGCUUUGUGUCUUUGUAUGAUCAAUUUCUACCAUGGAGGAUUGAAAGGAGUGGCACACCUCUGGCAGGAAUUUGUUCUUGAAAUGCGUUUCAGAUGGGAAAACGACUAUCUGAUACCAGGAUUAGCAAGUGGCCCCCCAGAUCUAAGAUGCUGUUUACUACAUCAGAAACUGCAGAUGUUAAAUUGUUGUAUUGAAAGAAAGAAGGCACGUGAUGAGAAGAGAAAAACAAGUAUUUCAGAUAAUGUGACUAAUACAUAUCCAAGGGAUGCUGGAAGAUCUGGAGACCAACUGGGGCCAGAUAAUCUAAAAGAUAUGGACAAGGAAAAGGGAGAGGUGGGAAAAUCUUGGGAUUCUUGGAGUGAUAGCGAGGAAGAAUUUUUUGAAUGCUUAAGUGAUACUGAAGAAUUUAAGGGAAAUGGACCAGAGAGUGGCAAAAAAGGAGGACUUAAGGAGAUGGCAAAUUUAAAGCCAGAAGGACGACUCAACCAGCACGGCAAACUUACACUGCUGCAUAAUGGAGAGCCUCUCUACAUUCCUGUAACCCAGGAGCCAGCACCUAUGACAGAAGACCUGCUAGAGGAGCAGUCGGAGGUUCUGGCUAAAUUGGGCACCUCCGCGGAAGGGGCUCACCUCCGGGCACGCAUGCAGAGCGCCUGUCUGCUGUCAGACAUGGAGUCUUUUAAGGCAGCUAAUCCAGGUUGCUGUCUGGAAGACUUUGUGAGGUGGUACUCACCCCGGGAUUAUAUCGAAGAGGAAGUGAUCGAUGAAAAGGGAAACACGGUUCUGAAAGGAGAACUGAGUGCCCGAAUGAAGAUUCCAAGCAACAUGUGGGUGGAAGCCUGGGAAACCGCUAAGCCAGUUCCUGCCAGAAGACAAAGGAGACUCUUUGACGAUACACGGGAAGCAGAAAAGGUGCUGCACUAUCUGGCAAUGCAGAAACCUGCAGACCUUGCUCGGCACCUGCUACCUUGUGUGAUUCAUGCAGCCGUGCUCAAGGUAAAGGAAGAAGAAGGUCUGGAAAACAUUUCUUCCGUUAAGAAGAUUAUCAAGCAGAUAAUAUCCCAUUCCAGCAAAGUCCUGCACUUUCCCAAUCCAGAAGACAAGAAACUAGAAGAAAUCAUCCAUCAAAUUACUAAUGUGGAAGCCUUAAUUGCCAGAGCCCGCUCACUGAAAGCCAAGUUUGGAACUGAGAGAUGUGAACAAGAGGAGGAAAGGGAAGAUCUCGAAAGGUUUGUGAGCUGCCUUUUAGAGCAGCCCGAAGUGCUGGUGGUGGGCGCGGGAAGAGGACACGCCGGCAGGAUCAUUCACAAGCUGUUUGUGAACGCACAGCGGGCUGCAGCCAUGGCUCCACCGGAGGAGGAACAGAAGAGAAUGGGCUCCGCGGAGGAGAGAAGGCAGAACUCGGUGUCAGACUUCCCGCCCCCUGCUGGCCGGGAGCUCAUCCUGCGCACCACGGUGCCCCGCCCCGCCCCCUACUCCCGGGCACUGCCUCAGCGCAUGUACAGUGUUCUCACCAAAGAGGAUUUCCGGCUGGCGGGUGCUUUUUCAUCAGACACCUCCUUCUUCUAG